AUGACUAGUUUUUAUGAAUUAGAAGCUCUCGACAUUAAAAAAAAUCCUUUGAAAUUUUCACAAUAUAAAGGAAAAACUUUAUUGGUAGUGAAUGUUGCUUCAAAUUGUGGAUAUACUCCACAAUAUGAUGGAUUAGAAAACCUUUAUCAAAAAUACAAAAAUGCAGGAUUCGAAGUUCUUGGAUUUCCCUGUAAUCAAUUCCUAGGUCAAGAACCUGGUACCGAAGAAGAAAUCGAAAAGUUUUGCAGAAAUGACAAACAUCAUGUGACUUUUCCGCUAUUCGCAAAAAUUGAAGUCAAUGGUGAGUCAACAAGUCCAGUUUAUCAAUUUCUGAAGUCAAAGUUGCCAGGAGAUAUUAAAUGGAAUUUCGAAAAAUUCUUGAUCGAUGGUCAAGGAAAUGUUGUCAAACGCUAUCUUUCUGAUGUUAAGCCUGAUGGUUUAGAAGACGACGUUAAAAAAUACAUUUAA